AAUAACCAUUUACUAAUUCAUACACCAUAAAAAGAUCCGUCGCUGCAUUCGCCCUCAUCUUCUUCCAUCCUUAUAUUAUUAUUCAUCCUCUCUUUCUUUGGGUAACGGUAAUGAUACUGAUGUGCGAUGGAGAUGAAUGAUGGAGUUGCCGAGAGGGAUUCGGAGAAGAGGAAGGAGGUGAUGAGGUCUGAUUCCAAGGAGGGUUUGGAGCCUGGUGCGAACUACCGUGCGUACCCUAAGCCUCUGGCCAAGUACGAGGAUGUCGUCGCUGAUCCGGAGUUGUUCAAGGAUACUCUUAUGAAGCUGCAUGCUGAAAUGGGAACAAAGUUCAUGGUCCCAAUCAUAGGAGGAAAGGGUCUUGAUCUUCAUCGACUUUUUGUUGAAGUAACUUCUCGAGGUGGUAUUGAAAAGGUAAUUGCAGAGAGAAGAUGGAGAGAAGUAACUGCUGCUUUUAGUUUUCCUUCUACCGCAACAAAUGCAUCUUUUGUUCUUCGCAAGUACUACUUGUCCUUGUUACAGCAUUAUGAGCAGAUCUAUUUGUUUGGUUCACAAGGAUGGAACCUUCCCAAUGUUCCUUCGAACACUUCUUUAACUACUUCAGUUUCAUCCCAAAAAUUGGUCGAACCUGUGAAAUCACAUCCUGAGGCUCAGGCUGCUCUUCACAAACGAAGAAGAAACAGUGGUUCUUCUCCAACAUAUCCUCCUGUUGUAGGAGUAAUUGAUGGAAAAUUCGAGCAUGGCUAUUUUGUGACAGUUACUGUUGGCUCAGAGAAACUUAAAGGUGUCCUUUAUCAUAUUUCUGACCAAGCUCCAUGGCCUUUGGUGUGUGCUGAUGAGAGUAAUUUGAGGAGCCCCCGCCAGCGGAGGUGUCGGAAGAAGCUCAGCAUGCUAGACCCCAAUCAUCCAAAACCCAAUAGGAGUGGCUACAAUUUCUUUUUCGCUGAGCAGCAUGCCAGGCUUAAGCCACUUCAUCCUGGGAGAGACAGAGAAAUCAGUAGAAUCAUUGGUGUCCGGUGGAAUGGGCUAACUGAAACUGAAAAAGCUGUGUAUCAGGAGAGAGGUUUGAAGGACAAAGAGAGGUACAAAAAUGAAAUGGCAGUCUACAAUGAGAGAGUAAAAGCAGGUCAACAUACUAAUCUGUCGCCGAUCCAGCAGCUUCCCGUUCAACCCAUGAUGGCAGGACAAACCGACACAAAAUCUGAGAAGGUUGAUAACGAUGUGAAUGUAACAGAUGAGGAUUGUUUCAGUUCUGACGACAGUGAUUCUGAUGGUGAAAGUUCACACGACGACUCAGAAAUGGGGAGGUCUCUUGAUAGAAGUGCUAUUGAAUCCACUUGCUUGGCGGAGACUUUAAAAGAGGAAGAUCGGUUUGAGUUACGGAGAAGAGAGGAUGAGAAAUUGGGGAACGGUGCAUGAUUUAAGCAUGAGACUUGACAUAGCAGCUAAUUUUUAGCAGGCAAUGAGAUCACUGGAAUAGAUUGGUUUUGUUUUUUUUUUUCUUCCAUCUUCCAUCAGUGCAUGCAAGAAAAACAGAAAACCGGAGUCGUCAACUCUGGACAGGUGGGUUUUGUAUGAUCUGCAUCACAUGUCACUGUAAACUUGACUUGAUUCCGUCAGUUUGUCUACGGGCAUGUUGUUUAGCUUAAUGUUUAUAUGUUUGUUAUUGCUUAAA